UGUGGCAUUUGCUUGUGCAACAUUUCUGUGUUUGAAGAUCCUGUAGAUGUGCCUUGUGGUCAUGAAUUUUGCCGAGGAUGCUGGGAAGGGUUUUUGAAUAUCAAGAUUCAAGAGGGAGAAGCCCACAAUAUAAUUUGUCCCGCCUUUGACUGCUUUCAGCUAGUUCCUGUAGAUAUCAUAGAAAACUUGGUUUCCAGAGAAAUGGACAAACGUUAUUUGCAGUUUGACAUUAAGGCUUUUGUGGAAAAUAACCCAGUUAUCAGAUGGUGUCCCACUCCUGGUUGUGAAAGAGCAGUAAGAUUAACCUGUCAAAGAUCAGGUUCUACAAUGGACCAACUAAGUUUUCCUCUACUAAGUGCACCAGCAGUGGAUUGUGGAAAGGGGCACCUCUUCUGUUGGGAGUGUCUAGGAGAAGCCCAUGAGCCCUGCGAUUGUUCAACAUGGAAAAACUGGCUCCAGAAAAUCACAGAAAUGAAACCAGAAGAACUUGCUGGUGUAAAUGAAGCUUUUGAAGAUGCUGCCAAUUGUCUUUGGUUGCUGUCUAACUCUAAACCAUGCGCCAACUGCAAAUCUCCAAUUCAAAAGAAUGAGGGCUGCAAUCACAUGCAAUGUGCCAAGUGCAAAUAUGAUUUUUGUUGGAUAUGUUUGGAAGAAUGGAAAAAGCAUAGCUCAUCCACUGGAGGCUACUAUAGAUGCACUCGAUAUGAAGUGAUCCAACAAGUUGAAGAACAGUCCAAGGAAAUGACGGCUGAAGCUGAGAAAAAGCACAAAAAAUUUCAGGAACUAGACAGAUUUAUGCACUACUACACAAGGUUUAAAAACCAUGAGCAUAGUUAUAAGUUAGAGCAACGUCUUCUGAAAACUGCUAAAGAAAAGAUGGAACAACUAAGCAGAGCUCUAAAGGGAGUUGAAGGAGGGUCCCCAGAUACCACUUUUAUUGAAGAAGCAGUACUUGAACUCUUGAAAACACGACGUAUCUUGAAGUGCUCCUACCCUUAUGGAUUUUUUCUGGAACCUAAAAGCACAAAGAAAGAAAUAUUUGAGCUCAUGCAG